GCUUAAAUUUAGCAGAUGCUUGGCCUCGGAUUUCAAAACCACAUAGGAAGUGGCAAUGUUGGCCUUUUUUCCUCCCUUACUUCCUUUCUGUGCAACAUGCAAUAAUGGGUUAGAAGUGACAACAGAAGGAACAAACACAUUUUAUAACGGAUUCGUACAGAUUUAUCUGCAAGCAAACAGAUUUACCACUAAAAUGACAAACUGCACAAAUAUCUACAUGGUGCUAAGCAGCGCAGAGAAGGUGGCCGUCGGCACGAUCUGUCUCGUGAUCGCACCCUUCAGCCUCCUGGUCAAUGUGCUUGUUCUGGUCGUCAUAGCCAGCUCUGGGAACCUGAGGCGACAUCCGUCAUACCAGUUUAUGGGCAGCUUGGCACUAGCCGACACUAUAGCCAGCUGCUGUUUCACCAUCUCCUUCCUGGAUUUCCACCUUUUUAAACAGGACGACUCUCCCCCGAGAACAAAGUAUCUGCUUAAGCUGAGUGGCGUGACCAUGGCGUUUACGGGCUCGGUUGGAAGUCUGCUUUUGAUGGCAGUAGACCGCUAUCUCGCCAUCUACAAGCCUAUUACCUACAAGAUGCAGCUGACACGUACAAGAGCCUUGGUGGGAAUUCUGACAUUAUGGCCCUUGGCUGCCCUCAUUUCCCUCCUUCCUCUGAUGGGCUGGAGUUGUCAGACUUGUGAAUCGUGCUCCGAGUCCCAUCUCUUUCCGUACGUGGAUCGUAAUUACCUGGCAUUCUUUGCCUGUCUUGUGUUGGUGGUGCUCGUCCUCAUACUGGUAGCCUAUGCCUUGAUCGUGUGGUGGGCCCACCAACACGAAGCCAACAUGAACGAUGAACAUCCAGGGCUAGCGCGCAUGCGCAUUGACAUCCAUUUGGCAAAGACUUUUAGUUGUAUAAUUCUGAUUCUGUUGGUGUGCUGGCUGCCUGUCCUUUCCUUCAUGAUGACAGAUGUAGUUACGACAGAGCUCUCAAAACCACAAAAAAGGGCAUUUGCUUUCUGCAGUACUCUAUGUCUGCUGAAUUCAGGCAUUAACCCGUUGCUAUACACCCUGCGCAGCAGUGAGCUACGUGCAGCACUUAAAUCAUUAGUAAAUGGUUUAAUGAGAAGGAGAGGUGGUUGUUCACCAGGUAGUAACUAACACCAGCUAGUCCCUGUUUGGAUCUAAAUGGGCAAAUGAGUCAAUGAUUGGAUCAUUAUUGCAAUGAUGUUUUUAGCACGCAUGUUAUAUGUGUGGCAACAGUUCUUCUAACCCUGAUUGAUGGGGUGUGUAGUUUUUCGUUUCUUGAUCAACCAUGUAGGAGGACACAUCAUGACCAUAUUAGAGGAUGACGAUGUCAAGAUUAAUCAGGCUCAAGCUGAAAGAAUGGUUGGGAGGGAAGACAUUGAAAGUCUUUGGGAUGUGCUGGAGGAGACUUUACAGAGUGCUUGACUCUUGCAUUGUCAAUGACCAAAUAUUGAUAAACUGUUUGUUGGAAAUAAAUGUGUUUGGUCAUGAUGUGUCUUGCUACAAAUGAAAAGCUACACACUCUGUUGCCAAACAUAUAACAUGCAAGAAACAUAAUAAUCACUGCAAUAAUGAUCCAAAUCCAAACAGCGACUUUUUUGGUUGGGCUGUGUAAAUGGUAUAUUCAGCUUUGUGCAGUUUAAUAUCAGUAAAAAAUAAAAAAGAAGGUAAGAAGGAAGAGAUCUGAGGACUGACAGGAAACAAACACAUUCAAGAUUAGCUUGUAAGUCCAUUUUUAUGAUUUACGUUUUAUGCUGAUUUUUUUUUUUUUUUUUCAUCAGUAAAUAUUCACUUUAACAUGGAAGCCUGUUUCUGCUCGGGAUAAAGUUUGGAAUAAAAUUUAAACUUAAAAAGUCGCAUUUUGAGAUAUUAAGUUACAUUGUGAAACAUAAAGCCAUAAUAAUUACGCCGUAUAAUGGUGAAUAUUAUGAGAUAUGGUAUCAGUUAUGACAAAUAAAAAUGCAAUUGUAAAAUAAAAAAGUAUUUAAUAAAAAACAAUAAUGAAAGAAAAAAUGAACUUUUUAGAUGUGUUCGUUAUCAAGUCUUUAGACAAGCUUGUCUCGAAAACCUACUGAUCGCAACACAUUGUUGGAUGGUGCAUCUUACCAUUAAAGGGGCUAUGUGUAGGUUUUUACUUUUUAAGAUAGAGUCUUCAUUUGUACAUUUAUGAGCCAAACAUAAUGUAAUACAAAGAAUGACACCGCUUGACAGACAGAAAGGAUUGAAUAAAUUCAUUUGAUUCCAGACUGACCACAUCCGAUCUGUUACUAGUGUAGCUUAAACCACAACAAGACGUGAAAUCGCUGAUGUUUCCGACGAUAUGGAACCAGUCACGUCAACGUUUGAUUGCUGAGAUACAUUCAAGCUAUUUUAAGGCAUGGGUAAUUUUUU